AUGGAUUCGAGGAACGGGAUCGGGACUGGUGUGCGCGUCACAGGGUAGGAUGAUGGGUCACGCGUUGCUGUUUCGCCGCUGCUGUUCGCAUUCCUGUCGCUCGUGUGUGGCGGUGCCUUUGGCCUGCCUGCGCUCCGCUUUUCCUCGCGCGUGCUGUCGGUCGCCAGCGCCGCGGCUGCGAGGCAGAGUGGGGUCGCAGCGCAUCCCACGGCCACGAUCAGAGCGUGUGCAGCGUGCUGGCGAAUUCGAACCCGUGGUCUUUCAUCUCUUCCUUUUCCCCGCUUUCUGGUCACUUUCCCGUUUCCUCGUUCUCCCUCUCCCGCGGUGGUAGAACACUCUACGAGUCUUCUCGCGACAAUCCAUUGGCUGUGCAAAGCGACGUGUUGUCCUCGCGUGGACCUCCCGGGUAGGCUGACCUUUCUCUCCCUGGUCUUUCCCACAGCCUAAGGAAAUCAAGGAAAUCAAGCAGUUCCUCGAGAUCGCUCGUCGACCGGACGCCAAGUCGGCGCAGAUCAAGAAGUCCGUCUCGCGCAAGACGGGCGCCUCGGGCACGACCAGUGCGACCAAGUACAAGUUCAAGAUCCGCUGCUCGCGCUACUUGUACACCUUCUGCCUUUCGGACGCCGACAAGGCCGAGAAGCUGCGUCAAUCGCUUCCCCCUAGUAAGUCCCACAUGACGCGCUUAGAGUGAGACAGCUCGAUGCUGAUCGUUCCCUAUCGUGCCAUGGACGUUUCCAGCCCUCAAGGUUUCGGACGUCGACGCCGAGAAAAAGUCCAAGAAGUAA